AUUUUCAGCAUAAGUGUCAGGUCCACACUUUCUUGGUUCUGUCCCGUUUCUGCACGUAGACCCUUGCCAUGGAAGUAGUUGGUUGUGAAACGUGGGCGAUGUACAAGGCUCAUCAGACUGUUGAAGAAGCAGGAUUUGCACAGAACUUAUAUCGGGAGUUAAAUGACUACAAUAUUGCCACGGCAACAAAUUCAAACGUAGGCCUUUUAGAAAAUGGUGCGCGUUUGUCCCUACUCGGUGACGUCAGCGCUAACCGUCGACGAUUAAAUGUGCAGGUGAAAACGGGAAUAAACACAUGACCAAACGAGCGAGGAGGAGGGUGAACGAAAUUAUCUGCCAAUCAUAAUUUCUAAAUGGUGGGAUGAGGAUCUAUUUACGCCUACGGAUAAAUAGCGUGCUAUCGCACUUGACAGACCAGAGCUGCAUCGUCAGGAGGUACAUUGUGACUUAAUGUACAGUAUUUCCUCAUCUUUCUUCCCCGCUGGAUGAUCCAUGUUGGAGCCUGGAGCUACUGUAGAUAACAGCAAUACAUUAGCAAUAAAGCAACGUACGGUGAAUUAACGGACACCCGAGAAACUACACAUGAAACGGGUUUUUGCCAUGUCCCGCGGUCGUCGUGUGACAAGAACCGCAGGACAGGAUCGAAUCAAGCCGUUGGGGCAAUGCUAGGAGCUGUGUUAAUAACCUGGCAAGGGGAAUACUUAAUACCCGAAGACGUUUGCUUUCGAAGAAUCGAAUUCAGACAUGGGGCUUGAGUUGUUAUGCGGGGCGGUCCGGACACUGGACCCCCUGAUCAUGGGAGUCUCGGAUAGAUCCCGAUGCUCACGGUCAAAUCGUAGCUUGUGAGGAACGAAAGAAUGCCUGCGGUGACCGUGACCGGAGAAGCGCCCUUACUGAACGGGGGCAGAAGAGAAGAGCAGCGUCCCUGUAAACAGUCCCUUCCUGGGUCCCUAUGCCGAGAGUCCCACUGGAAGUGCCUGCUCCUCACGCUUCUGAUGUUCGGCUGUUUCGCCACGCUGGGAUGGUGCUCUUUUUACCGCGUCACUGUCAUGGCUGCCGAUGAACACGGCCUCUACUACGGCGGCCGCGCCCGCCUCUACCAUGACAGCCCCUGCUCCAACGGCUACGUCUACAUCCCGGUGGCCUUCCUGAUCAUGCUGUAUCUGGUCUACCUGGUGGAGUGCUGGCACUGCUUCUCUAAAACAUCCUCUCUGGCCCGGGUGAGGAUCAGCAAGGUGUACAACAGGGUCCAGAGGCUGCAGCAGGCCAUGCCCUGUAUCUGGUGGAAGGCCAUCAGCUAUCACUAUGUGAGAAGGACACGGCAGGUGACUCGAUACCGCAAUGGUGAUGCUUACACCACCACACAGGUGUACCAUGAGCGGGUCAACACACACACAGCCAGCUCUGAAUUUGACUAUACCCGGCAUGGUGUAAAGGACGUAUCCAAGGAGCUACUUGGCCUUCUGGAGCACCCGGCUGUACGCCUUCGUUUCACCAAGUGCUUCAGCUUUGCCAGUGCCCAUGCCGAGGCUGCCUACCUCACCCAGCGUGCACGCUUCUUCGCAGAGAACGAGGGUCUGGAUGACUACAUGGAGGCACGGGAGGGCAUGCAUCUGAAGAACGUGGACUUCCGUGAGCACAUGCUAGCCUUUCCUGACCCUGCGUGGCCACCCUGGUUCUCUCGUCGGCGCAUGUAUUGGCUGAUCUCAGCCCUGAUGUUGUCCUGGCCACUACGUGUGGUGUCAGAGUACCGUACUGCGUAUGUCCACUAUCAUGUGGAGAAGCUGUUUGGUGAGAACGAGGAAGUCAAUGACAAUGACAGCACUGAGAUGGGCAACUACCGCUCAGGCCAGGAGAAUGGGCAACGCGGUGGCCCCAGAUUACGUGUCAUAUCGAGGGUCAACACGGUAGACAUCACUGAACUGGAGUGGCACAUUCGCUGCAACCAGCAGAUGGUGCCCAGUUACUCCGAGGCCUUGCUGAUGGAUCUGAACACCAACAACACAACAUCUUCGCCCUCUGCGUUUACCGGGGCAACGCGUGUCCCUAUGAGGCGGAACUCUAGCUACGUCCUCCAGAGCUGCCCCCGCUGUCGCAGGUCCACCAGCAGCUCCUCGCUCCCCUCGCGAGUCAGGGGGAAUGUGGCGAUGGGGGCGGGCUCUUUGACAUAUGGGACAGUGGGAAGGAUGGGAGGAGGAAGGCUAGCCCUCAGCCGCAGUGGAUUCUCUCUUGGCCGUUUGCACACGGUGCGGCAGGCCUGCCUGUUUCACUCCCGGAGCCUUGGUGCGGGGAUGGGGAGUAGAGUGGAUGAAGGUGGUGGGUUUCUGGGACUGGGCCUCCGCCGGGCUAAUGAAGAGAGCAGAGGGGUCCUGGAGGGAGAAGGAUUUGAAGAGGAUGAGAAUAGUCUGCAGCUAGAGGAGGAUAGAGAGCAGGAACUAGAGAGAGUGAGGGCUGAGAUCAUGCAGGGUGUGGCCUGUGUGACAGAGAGACCACCAGCUUAUCAGGAAGCUCUCCACUUGCCUGUGUUGAUCGUCCAUGGUGAGGAGAGCUGCCAUGGAGGGGAGGACCUUGACGCAGGAUAGUCACUAUGAUUGGCUAGGGUGAUGGAGAGUAGAUAAGCAAAUCUGCUCAGGAUGAUGCAAGAAAUGAAUGAGAGGAGGGCAGAGGAGAGGAAAAUAGGGAAGGAAGAAAAAUAAGUGGCGCUAUGGAAAGGAUUGGAAAGAAGAGAGGGGGAAGGAAGGAGGAAGAAAACAUGCAAAAAUCCUAGUUUCCAGACCUUUGACAAAGGACUACUGCAAAAUGUGUAGGGAAACCAAACUAUUGUGUCACGGUAGAUUAAAUUACAAUUAUGUAGUUUAUCUUGCUUAAGAGUGUGUAAUAUGUCUAUCCCAUUGUCCACAAUGAACAACAAUCGCUUUGUAUCAUUGUUCAUCAAUGUAUGAAAUGUAUGUUCAUGAAUGUAUGGAUGUUUCAAUGAGCUGCUGAGUUAGCGCUUAACAUCAGGAGUAGUAGUAGUCCACCAAGCUAUUAGAUUAAUUCAAGGGGCACUGUAUAUUGUGUAAACUUACAUAACUCCUGGGUGGAAGUGGAGCAGAACUCUCAUGCCAAUGAAAUAAAAAAAACUAUUACCAUUACACAAAGAGACUAUAGUAAUCCGAUUUUAUAUUACUUUUAGAUGUAAAACAAAUAAUACAUUUGAUCAAGGCACUGAAGUGAUGCGGCUUAUGUCACCUACUCACCUUCCUCUUGAGAUAAUGCAGAUCCAAGCGGCCAACAAUAUUGUCCACGAUAUGACAUCACAGAUAUAGUGAAUAAUGUUUUAAGAGUUAAGUGCACAUAUGGGUAUGUUUGAGCAGAGAUGCAGUAGUUGCUAAAAAUCUAGCUACUUUGUGAGAAACUUCAUGAUUUUAUAAAAAUGCAGAACGGUAUACAUUAACACAAAGGAUUGUUUGUGUAUGACCCACAAGGCCUUAAAAAGGCAUGUCCUUGUUGCUCAGCCUUGUGACUCCCUGUCAGCCAAAAACACGCAUUUGCCCCCUCACAGACAACAGGAAUGUGGAGAAAGACACUCACUUUUUAAACCUAACAUGGAUAUGGGGAACAGGAGAUGGAAUAUGAUAAGAUACAGUUAUGGAGAGAGCAAUUGUCCCAUUUUAUGUUUGUAAGAUAAAUCCCUUUAUUCAUCCAAAAUGCCUCUUAGCAAUUUGGCCUUAACUAUGAUUCUAAAGGGGUUCUCCUCAUGUCUCAGUUCUGCCCACUGUUGUAGUUAUACAUCAUGGUCAAGUAUGGAUAUGAUGCAGUAGAGUACAUAUCCACACUCCCCCCACCCCUCACUCAGCUGAUGCCAUUAGGAUGGGAUCGAUGCUCGGAAGCCUUGGGCUCAAAGCCAAAACGGGUUAUUAGGAAUUAGAGCAAAAUUCAUAACACAAUAUUUAUUUCAAGAAAUGUAUUAUCUGCCUUUAUGUAGAUAAUCAAACAACAUGCAGACAGCACAUAGUUGACAUAACACACAGCAUAUUUAGCUCAAACACAACUUCCCAGAAUUACAGAAAGACACGCCCAUACAAAGACUGACAGCCAGGCGAAAUAGCAUGUCAGGACAUCCACUUCUAUACAUCAGCAUAUUCACAUGUCAUAGUAGGUGCACAUUAUUAAGCACAAAUAGACCAUCUUAAUAACAGUAAAAGGAUCCAUGGAUGUGAAUGUGGACCUACUUUUCAAAUAAUGGCCAUGUUAACAUUCAUAAGUACUGUAUGAAGGUAUUGACAUGGUGACUUGUCCCACCACACUUUAAAACCACUCCUUAUCGUGAAAAGACUCCUGUAUGUUCCCAUUCUGUUGUAUCUAAUGUGUUACCAAUACAAAUUCAAAUUGUUGAGUGUCAAGUACAGUAAUUGUUUGAAAUUGUAUUAGGCCUGUAACUGUUAGGUCACGUUGUUGUUACCAGUGUUCUUGUAACUACAUAUUGUAACCAGAUUCAUAAAAUCAUUUUGUAAAGAA